AUGAAAUUUCAUAUACUUACCCUUGCCGCUUUGAGCUUGACGGCCGCCAGCCCCCUUCCCGGUGAGCCUGGCAACAUCGUGCCCCAAGGCUUAGAGUACAGCGGUAGCAACAUUGAUCAUAGCCUCAACGUCGAGGAGCUCAAGUUUGGCCUUCCAUUCUUCCGCCAGUCCGAGCAGCUAGAGCGGCGGGAUGACACUCCGGCCGAAGAACUAAAGGUUGACCUGAGUACUAAAGAAGUGUACAAGAACUUCAUUGAGCGAAUCCGCCGCAGAGUCCAGGAUUCUGGUGUUUCCUCGCAUGGCCGCCCCGUUCUCCCUCCUCAGCGGAUGCCGCCCACUAGUUGGUUCGACAUUGUGCUGCGUACCCAGUCUCAGGCUGUGAGACUGAGGAUCCGAAGCGACAACCUUUACCUGGACGGGUACCGAGCAGAGGACUCUGAUCAGUGGUUCGAAUUCGGCGUGGCGAAUGUCGACCCGCAACUGAUUGACGGAUCUACGCACUUGGGCUUUGAUGGUGGCUACAACUCACUGCAGACGACUGCGGCGCGGCGCAGAAGCGAAACCGCCCUUGGCCAGCAGCAGCUUACCACGGCCGUAAACCAGCUUGCCACCACGGCUGACCGUCGUGAAAGAGCACGUUCACUGCUUGUCGUUAUCCAGAUGAUAUGCGAAGCCAUCAGGUUCACCCAUAUAUCCGACACCAUCACCAACAACUACAGCGAGGGCGUUACACCUGACGAACGGUUCACGGCGCUCGAAAACGGCUGGGGGGACGUUUCUACAGCGUUGCUUCGUCAUGAUCAGAAUCCCGAGGGCCAGAUACAGCUUCCCCGACCAAACGCCAUGGGCAUCAACUCGGUGACGGAUGCAGUUGCUGUGAUUGGCGUCCUGCUCCGUUACUCCAUCGACGGCGGCUCCAGGCCUCGACGCCAGGCCCAGGCACUGAUUCCCUCUGGCCGCCCUCUGGCCGAGAUUCUCUGGCUGGAGAUUGACAAUAUUGACAAGGAGGAUCCGGGCGACCUCUACGGCACCAUCACAGCGACCGACGGCCUGAGCAGUCAAUAUCUCUACAAUGUCGACAGAGCCAACGACCAAUCCGUCUCUCCAGGCGACCGAGUCGCGCUCACGGGUCCAUCUCGAACCAUCUCCGCCGCCGGCAGCUUCGUCAUUGAUUUCAAUCUCGUGGACAAGGACAGAGACAUAUCCAACGACGACGAGAUUAUCAAGGACCAGCUUUCAUGGAACGUCUACAACGCGAGUAACCAGUACGACGUGCCCAUCCCAAAGCCAAUCAGCGGCGCAUACGGCCAAGGCAAGGUCGACUACGUGGUGAUGAGCAACGCCGCAGAGGCUCUGGUGGAAGUCGUCAUGGUCAACGGAGACAACGAGGAUCCUGCCAAUGUUUUUGGGACGGUCAGGGUGCACAGCAGGUUUGUCCAGCGCCAGCUCUUCCAAAAGGCGGACAAUGAGCACAUCGAGAUAGGCCAAGGAAAAAAGAUUCCUCUGUCGAGAGCUGUCAUGGCCGUGCCAAUGGACGAUACCCUCGAGGUUCAUGUAGAUCUGACAGACCACGACCCCGAGUCCUUCAAUGACAAUAUAGCGACAGGAUCAGUCAGUUUCAAGCCCCAAGUCUUGCGGUCGGCUAGCCUUCCAAUCCCAGGACAGAAUGGCAAUGUGGAAGUGAGGGUCGCUUGGUCUUGA